UUAUAUAUGCACACAUUUGGUAUUGAAUUAUGUACGCACACUCAUAUUGACUUGCUACAGAAUGAAGAAAUCUGCAAACCUUGUUUUCAUCGCCGCUCCUACAAUCGGAAACCUUGUUCCUGUAGUCGAGUUCGCCACUCAGUUGACCCACACUUACCCAUCUCUCACAGCCACCGUCCUAGUCAUCACCAUGAAUCGCCCACUCGUAGACACCUUCGUGGACUCACGCUCCACCGUCAACUCCGGAAAUGUCUCCUUCAUUCAUCUCCCCUCGUUAGACCCGCCCUCACCUGACCAAUACCAGACGAGCGUAGGUUUCAUGUCUCUUUUAAUAGAUUCUCAAAAACCACACGUCAAGAAAGCACUCGUCGAUCUCAUGCACACUCAGUCGGAGAGGACUGACUCAGUUGUCCCCCUCGCGGGAUUAUUUGUUGAUAUGUUUUGUACGGCGAUGAUUGAUGUAGCUAAUGAACUCGGUGUGAAAAGUUAUGUAUACUUCGCUUCUCCGGCUUCUUUUUUGGGCUUUAUGUUGCACCUUCCAGUAUUGACACGAUUAAGUACUGAGUUGGAUGACUCGGAUGCUGAGUUGAGGAUCCCGGGUUUUGUCAAGCCUGUUCCUGUAUCGGUGUUGCCUACUUUUUUUCUUACAAGAAAUAAGGAUGAUGGUUGCUCUUGGUUUGAGUAUAACGCAAGAAAAUACAAAGAAGCAAAGGGUAUUAUAGUAAACACGUUUAAGGAAUUGGAGAAUCAUGCUCUGGAUUCUGUUUCUUCUGAGUUUAGUGACUUGCCACCGGUUUACCCGGUCGGUCCGGUUGUUGAUCGUCGCGGGCCGGCUGGUUGGAAGUUCAACCCGGCUCAUGAGAAGGUCAGAAUGUGGCUUGAUGAACAGCCUGAGGCAUCAGUAGUUUUUUUAUGUUUUGGAAGUAUGGGGAGUUUGAAACCGGCCCAGGUUAAAGAGAUUGCGCAUGGGCUAGAGGAAUCCGGGCACCGGUUCUUGUGGUCGCUACGAGAACCGGGUAAGAGUAAAUUAGACCUUCCAGGGAAUUAUACGAAUCCUGACGCGGUAUUGCCAGAUGGGUUUAUUGAUCGGACGGCAGGGAUUGGAUUGGUAUGUGGUUGGGUGCCACAAGUGAUGGUAUUAGGCCACAAUGCAGUGGGAGGGUUUGUGUCACAUUGUGGUUGGAACUCAAUAUUGGAGAGCUUGUGGCACGGGGUGCCGAUUGCAACAUGGCCUCUAUAUGCAGAGCAACAGCUGAAUGCAUUUGAAAUGGUGAGUGAGUUGAAGCUAAGUAUAGAGAUAAGGCUGGACUAUAGAGGAGGUGAGAAUGAUUUAGUAUGUAAAGAAGAGGUGGCCAAAGGAGUGAGGAGUUUGAUGGAAUUAAGUGAUCCUGCUCAGGAGUUGAGAGAAAAAGUCAAGAGAAUGAGUCAGGUGAGCAAGAAUGCUGUGAUGGAGAAUGGUUCAUCAUUUGUUGCUUUGGCUCGAUUGGUUCACCAACUCUUGCCUGAUAUCUAGGACCAUGUGAUUGGUAUUUUGUUCCUGUCAUACUGUAUUAUGAGAAGCGUCUUGCAUGUUAUCCUCUCUUUUGGUACCUACCAGGAUUACGAGGAUUUUAGUUUUUGCAUGUCAUGUUUCACAUAUAAAGACUUGUUGCUUAUCCUUGAUUUUUGGUAUUGGAAAUGUACCUGAAGCUGGAAGUUAGUGGAA